GUUUUAUGCCCAUAUGUGGCAGAGGAGCUGGCGGCGUGGAGGGAGAAGUUGGAAGAGUCCAAGCGCGCGAGGGGAGUCCGCUACGCUCGGCACUAUACAUUCUCAAAUCUAAUAAGUUUAUCACAAAUAUGCCGGACAAAGUAGCAAGCACUCACAAUUUCAUAGAAAGCAACAAUUUUCUAAGCGUUUACAAUACAUUAUCAUCAAACUAAAACGUGAAUUAAAAGUGAGAACAUACCCGUGGAAGAGUCCAUUAUUCCGCCGAGACUUUCCCCUAACGGUUAGAUCGCUCACUUGCAGCGUGUUUGUUGUGGAGUACGGAAGGUGUGUGCAGUGGUCUCCGUCAAGUUCCAAUAAUUCAACAUGUGUGACGAAGAAGUUGCUGCUCUCGUUGUGGACAAUGGAUCCGGAAUGUGCAAAGCUGGCUUCGCCGGCGAUGAUGCACCAAGGGCCGUAUUCCCUUCAAUUGUUGGUCGUCCAAGGCAUCAGGGAGUGAUGGUGGGCAUGGGACAAAAGGAUAGCUAUGUUGGUGACGAAGCCCAGUCUAAGAGAGGUAUCCUUACUCUGAAGUAUCCAAUUGAGCACGGAAUUGUCACAAACUGGGACGACAUGGAAAAAAUUUGGCACCACACCUUCUACAACGAGCUUAGGGUGGCGCCCGAGGAACAUCCCGUUCUUCUGACUGAAGCCCCAUUGAACCCAAAGGCAAACAGGGAGAAGAUGACUCAGAUCAUGUUCGAAACUUUCAACACCCCAGCCAUGUACGUAGCUAUUCAGGCUGUGCUCUCCCUGUACGCCUCUGGUAGGACAACUGGUAUUGUAUUGGAUUCUGGUGAUGGCGUUUCGCACACCGUGCCAAUUUAUGAAGGUUAUGCCCUGCCCCAUGCCAUCCUCAGAUUGGACUUGGCUGGCCGUGAUUUAACAGACUACCUGAUGAAGAUUCUUACUGAGAGGGGCUACAGCUUUACCACCACAGCUGAACGAGAAAUUGUAAGAGACAUUAAGGAGAAAUUGUGCUAUGUUGCACUAGACUUUGAACAGGAGAUGGCUACUGCUGCAUCCUCCAGUUCCCUAGAGAAAUCCUAUGAAUUGCCUGAUGGCCAGGUAAUUACCAUUGGUAACGAGCGAUUCAGGUGCCCUGAGGCACUGUUCCAGCCUUCAUUCCUGGGUAUGGAAGCAAAUGGUAUCCACGAAACUACCUACAACUCUAUCAUGAAGUGUGAUGUAGACAUCAGGAAAGAUCUGUAUGCAAACACAGUACUUUCUGGUGGUACUACCAUGUACCCUGGCAUUGCUGACAGGAUGCAGAAGGAAAUCACUGCCCUUGCACCUUCCACCAUGAAGAUAAAGAUCAUUGCUCCACCUGAGAGGAAGUACUCAGUCUGGAUUGGAGGAUCCAUCUUGGCAUCUCUUUCCACCUUCCAGCAGAUGUGGAUCUCUAAGCAAGAAUAUGAUGAAUCUGGUCCAUCAAUUGUCCACAGGAAAUGCUUCUAAGCAGUUGCCUAAUUAUUUUGUUCAGGUGAAGUAUUUAUACUUCUAUCAUGCCAGACCAUUUCAGGCACCACCAGGUGUGGCCAAAAGACUUUCUUUAUUGUAUUAUGUUGAACAGUUUAAACUCCUUGUAUUAUAAGAUUCGAAGUGUUUUCGUUACAAUUUACAAUUGAGGAAGGUAGGCUGCAUUUUUCUAUUUAAGAAUCACCUCAUUAUAUCCUGGUGUUUCUGUGACUGAGUAACUGAAAUGUGAUGUAUAACUUGUGUUAAAAUUGAAGAGAGUGGAUAAGCUUCCUGUACCAGAAUGUAAAUUUCUUAAUGUUUUGUAUUUGAAAUGACUUUUGUAUUGCAUUUAUUAAGCAAUUCACAAGUUGUGCAAGUUUCCUUUCUAAGCAACUUGGCAUUGUCUUGAGAUUAAAGAUGUGCUGAGUAAAUGUCAAUAGCCAAAGUAUUAACUUAUUCCCAUGUGCAGACAAGAAAUUAGUGGGAAAAUAAAACUUAUUUAAAA